UAUUUGUUGCUAAGGAAGCCUUGUCUUCAAAGGAGCCAAGGAAUAAUUUCCUUAAACCUUUUCUUACCGGUCGCGGAUCGAUUUUGACCAAUACAAAUAACGUCCUAUUCCUUUAAGGAGGACAGAGGCGGGUCCUAACGCUUGACAAGCCCUUCUGUCGACUAAUCAGAGCCCUGCUCCUUUCGGGGCCGAGACCCGGAAGGCAGGACCUGUGGGUUCGAGCCCCGUCUGCGGCGCGAUGGCACCCAAAGCGUUCAAAAUCCGUAGCCUCGGCAGCGAUCGGAAAUUCGGAGUGGCGGCAAGGAGCCUGAAGGAGUUGCUCUCCAAGGCCUGCGCCUUCCUGCAGCUCCCUUACACUGACUGCCGGCUGUGCUUAUAUGAGGAUGGCACAGAGGUGACGGAAGGUUAUUUUCAGCAUGUUCCAGACCAUUCAGAACUCAUCUUGCUACCCCCAGGAGAGAGCUGGCAUGGCUAUGUGAGCGAGAUCCAGCGGUUUCUUGAUGCUUUUUCCAGCCGAACGGACGAUGUUAUUCGCGCAGCUCAGGGGCUGCUCUCUGACGAGGAAGCCCCCAAGAGACGGAAGCUGCUGGCUGACCUCAUUCAGACUCUCAGUGAAAAUAUUUCAGGGGAAAGCAGAGAGGAAGACUGGAAAUGGUUCGAAGGGGUUGAAUCUCGCUUUAAGACGAAGUCCAGUUAUAUGCGCUACAGCUGCGAGAGCAGGAUCCGAGGUUACAUGAAAGAGGUCGGCAACUACGCUUCCGCACUCCACCCGGCCGUCCAAGCCAAAUUCAAAGAGAUUGCAGAAGAGAUGCUGUUGAAAUUAAAGUCAGAGAGGUACAAUGGCUGUUAUUUUGACAGGAGAGAAGACAAGAAGGUCUGCCUUUGCACGCCAGAAGGCUGGUUCUCUUGUCAAGGCCCUUUUGAUGCAGAAAACUGCCCUAGCCAACACUCCAUCAAUCCGUAUGGGAACAAAGAGAGCAGAGUCCUCUUUAGCACCUGGAACCUCGACCACGUAAUCGAGAAGAAGCGGACGGUCCUCCCGACGUUAGCAGAAGCUGUAAAGGGCCGAGACAGCAGGGAAGUGAACUGGGAAUACUUCUACCAGCUGCUGUUUACCGUCCAUAAUCUGAAACUGGUGCACAUUGCCUGCCACAAGAAAGCCUACCACAACCUCAGCUGUGACAAAACCAAGAUCUACCGAAAACGGAAAGGGGCCUUCAAGAUCUGGAAGUGACACCCGCCCCCCAUUUGCCAAGGGACUGACUUCUAAGUUGUGGGCUGAUGUAACUUUUUCCUGAGCACUUGGGUGGGUGGUCUGGCUGACGAGCCUUUAUUUUGUGGAGUCCCAAUGCCUUCUUGGCCCUUGACCUCCGAACUUCCUCCACAUUCUGCAUCAGUUCCACGUGCCUGUCUCCAUCAGGAGGAAGGGCACACGUUUUUGAACUCCCUAAUGCUGGCGACUCCAUUGAUUUCCCUGAUGUGGGUGCCUAUUGUCCAGGGCCCAUGCCGUCACCCAAGUCAAACAAUGGAUUCUUCUCCACAUCCUAUGGGGAUUUUGCAAUGUUUAAAUGGAAGGCUCAUUGUUUACCUAUAUGAGUUAUUUUACCUAUAUGUGGCGGAAGCCCAAAAUCAAGUAGUAGAAACAGAAAAUGGCCUCACUGCCUUAUGCUUUCUGUGCCUUUUUCAGCCUGGCUUAUCCUGCAGUGCUGCAGACAAACUGCAGAACGGAACAUGAAAAAUAAGAAACCAAUCACAUAUGCUGGAAUCCUUCAUUUCAAGCCCAGAGCCUGUAAAGCCCUGAUUUUAUUUUUGUAGCGUAUCUAGCUCUCCUGUCUAGCAGAGUCCUAAGCAUGUCUGUUCAGAAACAAGUCCUACACAUUUAGGACAACUGUGUGCUCCCCCCCACACCAACUCGCCCUUCUCACCAAGGCCUGUUACCUCUUCAGCUUCCCACACCACCUCCUCCCAGUCUUCUCCCUCAUUGUUGUCCCACCAAUCCCCUGGCUCUGAGCCUUCUUCCCUUGGGGAUUUCCCAGCUGGUCCCUCCCACCAUUCCUCUGCGUCCAACAAGUCCAUGACACCAGGAGUGUAUCGCAUGCAAAAUGUUGGUUGCUAGCCAUGCAAAUAGAAAGGAAGACAGGGAUUAAUGCAAUGAGCAUUGUGAUGUCACACAGACAACUAUGGUUCUCUAAGCAGUGUAGGAUAAUGCUUAGAGCGACCGGGGUCAAAAUUACUUUUAAGGGGGGGGGGAGGAAACAGAAGUGGUUUCCUUUCAAUUUGACUAUAAAUCAGGGGAGGUUAUCCUGAAGCCCUCCAAAUAUUGGGACUCCAGCUCCCAAUUCAGCUUGUUUGUACAAGCAAUUGUCAAGUAUGCUCGGAGUCCAGGAACAUCUGGAAGGAUGCAGGUUAGCCCAACUUACUAUAAAGAGCUAGACAGAUUAGUGGAGGAAAGGAUUAUCUGCUGUAAUUAGCUAAAACAACUAAGAGGAACUAAACAGUGCGAGAAUGCCGUUGUUUCUGGAUGCCUGUUUGGAGGCAUCCAACUUGCUGCUGUAAGACAUUUGAACAGAGCAGCCUUCCCCAGCCUGUUGCUCUCUAACUGUUGGACUACAAUUCCCAUCAUUCCUGAGCCCUUGCUGGGUGUUUACUGGGAACUUAAAGAGCUCACAACAUUUGGAAAGCUGGAUUAGAUGACACAUCUAUUAUCCAUCAGGGUUCUUCUAUUAUUUCUCCAAAUCCUCUGCAACAGUCUAGGGUGGCUUCUGUGCCAGAUCAACUGGGGUAGAAGCUUCCUUGAGGUAGAAAAUUUGGUAACCCCCCCCCCCCGGCUGCCCAGCUUAGCCCUGUGGCUCCUCAAUUUCUGCACCGCUCCUCCAUGCUGUGUUUUCUUCAUGUGCAACAACAAUUAAAUAAAAUCCUGCCAACACAAAUAACACUGUCAUUUGGGAACUAUCCGACAGUCUUCCGUUCCCAAAAUCCAGAGAGCGGAUUUCUCUUCUCUGGCAUCAGCCGCUUUGCAACAUGAACUAACACGACUUAAGGGCUCUAUAAAUCGUUUUUAAUUAGUUCUCUACUAAGCUUCUGCCGUUCCAGGCCGCUGCCUCGCAACCUGGGUGAUCAGCAGUGCAAGAAAUACUGUAGGCAAAGCGGAUCGUUACCUCUUUGGAAAAGGAGGCUGGAGGGGAUAUUCAUUCAUACUGGGGCUAGCAUCUCUCACUGUGCCCGAGAGAUCCUGCAAACUCUCCUCCCAAGCUUGCUGGUGCAACCCCUGAGCCUGCAGGAAGUUGCCAAGUGACCCCACAACUCCCACCUUCCAAGCUUGCAUUCUCACAGGAAUCAAGAUACUGACUUGUUUCCCAUACACAUGCUCCUUCUGGGAACUGUUUGCUCUUCUCACCCUUCUGGGAGUCAGGAGCUGUUCAUAACAAGUGCUGUCAAACUUUCUGCUGACUUUCUGGCUUUGUCUCGCAUGCAGUCUGUGACGUUGCCUCCAACAUCUGCACUGGGAGGGUUAA